GCACAAGGACGGUGAGGCAAGAGCACCGAGGACGCGCAUCUCAUGUGGAGGUUUGAUCGGAGGGGCCUGAUUUGAGGAGGUAUUGCGGAGUUCUAAAUUUGACACAUGAACUAUGAAAGAAGUUGCGCGCGCGCGUGCUUUCAUUGAAUUUGGAUAAUUAUGGUUUGCCACAGACAUUUAUCACCCAGUUGAGAUUUCAUUGAAAGAAUCCGAAUCGUGUGUGGGAUUGUUAUUCUCAACGUGAUGGAUACAAAUGCGUUGGCUGUGUUUAAACUUUUAGUGGUUGGAAUUUUGGUGAACUCUUGGAUGACAAGAGGAUUGUCAGCCACAGAGAAUAUCAAUGUUGAGUCUAUACCACGAAGGCCUAGUGUGGCUCUGUGCAACGAGACCCAGCUACUGUGGGAGAUGGAGGUGUGUGGGGAGGAAUUCAAGCGAAAGAUGGACCACGUGGAUCCCCAGAACUGGUGCAACUUAACACACUUCAUCAGUGAGUACCACCUUUUCUCGCUGUGCACGGAGACCAACGCCGAGCGCAUCAACUGCUACUGGCCCAACCCGCUGGUGGAGAGCUACAUCAUCCGGAUCCACAAGCACUUCUUCUCCAACUGCACCCUGGAGAGGGUGAUCCUGGUGGACCCGCCGGAUGACACACUCACCAUCCUCAUCCUCAUCCCUGUCUUCCUCACCCUGGCCAUGAUCGCGCUGGUGGUGUGGUGCAGCAAGCGCAGCGACAUCCUGGCUUAGAAUGUCGGUUGGUUUGGUUCCCAUGUGACUGUCCAGCAUGUCCAGAGACCCAUAAACGUCUUUAUUGAACCCUAGAUGAGGAAUUGGGUUAGGGAAGACAGGUAGGGAACCUACGGAGGGAACUUUUGUUUGUUCAUUGUGUCAUUUCAGGAUUAUGGUGGAUUGAAGGGAUUAAAAGAAGCCACUUAACGCCUUUGAAGGAGAUGCAUCCAAACUCCAUUUUUCGAGCUCGGGACUGUCCAAGGCCUUUUGAUAGAUAUACUGUACCCAAGGACCCAAGACACAUACGAGACAUUUAUGAUUGUUGAUACUUGGUAUGAAAUGGGACUGAGGCCCAGGGACUGCUUAAAUAUCAUAAUUUAUAAGACAUGGUUAAACUUUUAAAUAUAUUCUCAUGAAGAAGUCUUCUCAAUAGGAGAACAUAGACAAGCUGAGACCUGAAUAUGUACAGUACUUUUCUGUACCAGUGCCGUCUACUGUAUAGAAACUACAUUUUGAUCCCGUAUCGCCGCCAUGCUUUCUGUACAGUACUGUUUCUUCUUCACGCUUCCUCAUCUGUUCUUAUGUGCUGUCACUAUCGGGUCAAGCUGCACAGACGGAU